AUGGACACCCCUCAUUCAUUAUGGAGGGUUUGGCUGGCUCCACACGUGAGGCUAGUGGACAUCCGUAUGAGACACGCCGCGUCUGAUGGGUUUCUCUUUCCCCGUGGCGGUCUAGGAGUGGGAUUUGCAACGCGGCAGGUGGGGAACGUGACCAAGCCCACGGUGAUCAUCGGCAGCGAGGGGGACAAAGUGGUGAUCAAGACUCAGAGCACUUUCAAAAACACAGAAAUCAGCUUUAAACUCGGAGAGGAAUUUGAUGAAACUACGCCCGACGACAGGAACUGCAAAUCAGUUGUGAGCCUGGAUGGAGACAAGCUGGUGCAUGUACAGAAGUGGGAUGGCAAAGAGACAAACUUCGUGAGAGAAAUAAAGGAUGGCAAAAUGGUAAUGACUCUCACCUUUGGUGAUGUGGUUGCUGUUCGCCACUAUGAGAAAGCGUAGAGUUUACCUGACCUCUGUCCAGAUGUGACUUCUGCUGGAUGGAUUAAUGUACCGUCCAUAACUGAACGUAGCUAAAAUGCACAUUUCUGGCAUGAAAGGUUAAUAAAGAGUUUUUGGGGGUGUGUUUAAAAAAAAAACAAACAACAAAACCAACAACUUUAUGCCAUCAAAUUGGCAAGCUUGUGCUGUAUAGUGAAACAGGUUAAACUCGGCAUUAAAUUUCUGAAACACUUGCCUCUUUUUUUACACUAAAUGGAACAUAUUUGAAUUGUUUUGGAAUGCAGAUCAAACAAAUUAAAAAGUUUUUUAAACCUGUG